AUGACUUCCAAUGGUCAGCAAAAUCUUGUUUCACACCUCUCCGUCUUGUACGAGAGUGCUUCUCAAUUUGCUUCUGAGACAGCCUUUUUGAUUCCCCAUGAAAGUAAUGGCGAUCAAAAACAAGAUUUUAGUUGGGAUACAGUCACCUAUGAGCAGUUCCUAAAUGAUGUGGAGCGUUAUGCCUUGCUUUGGAGGCGUGUUCUCCUCUCCCGAGAGAUUUCAGCUGGAUCAAUUGUUGGGAUUCCUGGUUUCACAUACUUGGACCUUCUUCAUAUUUACGGUAUCUCAAGGGCAGGGUACAUCCCACAGCUCUUUAGCAUUCGACUGCCUAAUCCCGCCGUAAUCUUUGAGCUCAUCUCCAAAACAAACGCUGCAGCUCUUAUUUAUCACGGUUCAUUUGGUUUGAACAUCUCAAACUGUUUAGUACCCCACUUCUCUUUGAACUCUUUGCCUCAUUCGCUUUCCAGCAAGGAGCUUGGGACUCUUCCUCCAUUACAAUCUCCUGGCCCCAAUAGCGUGAUAUUCAUUUUUCAUACCAGCGGCUCAACAUCUGGCACUCCUAAGCUCGUUCCGUGCACUGGAAAGUGGAUUGACUUCAUGGUGAAGAAAUCUACUGUUGUUGCGACACCACGAGCCGCGUCUGGCCGAGAUGUGACAGUGUGGAUGGGAAGCCUGUGUCAUAUUGCUCAAUCCUUUAUGAUUAUGGGAUUUCUUAAGCAUGGAAGUUGUACAAUCCAGCCUUCUCAAAUCGCCUUCUCAGCAGAUGAGCUGCAAAACAUGGUCCAUCGGUGCGGACUCAACCGCCUCAACCAGUUUAGUACAUUUAUUUCAGCCCAUUUUCGCAGAGCCAGAGAAAACCCAAAGCUGUUAGUAGAUCUACAAAUGCUGGAUUCGAUUCUGUACAGCGGAUUGCCCAUGCCUCAGGAGGAGGAAGACUGGGCGUAUAAACACGGGUUGAAGCUAUCGAAUAUAUUUGGAAGCACUGAAGUAGGUGGCAUGAUGGUGUCUAUCGAUGGCGCAGGUUCCGAUGCUGCCUUGCUUCGCCCUUUGCCCGGUACGGUCUAUAUGUUCGAGCCGGCCGUGGCGGAGGACAACGGCCGUCAAUUCACAGAGUUGAUCAUCUUACCGGAGUCUCCAGACUGCCCUGUGGAGUCCUUUCGGCAGAAAGAUGGCAAAUUCCACACUGGAGAUCUAUUCAUGGAAAUUAAGCCAGGAUGCUACAAAUUUUGUGGGCGUAAUGAUGACUGGAUUAAGAGCGAAAACAGUCUUCGUUGCGAUACUAGGUAA